AUUAGAAUGGCGAACAGUUUUCUUCCUCUUGAAGCUAACCCCGACGUCAUGAACAAGGCAUUCUCUCUCCUCCUAUUUCCUUGUCAUUGAACGAAAUGUUUCAAUCAUGCCUUCAAUUAUGACGGUUUAUUCAUGGAACAGUCCUUCGGGGUCUUGGCCUUCCAAUGGAGGAGGCAGAGUGCUGUGAUGUUUUUGGCUUGGAUGAAGAGCUUCUGGAAAUGGUCCCGAAGCCAGUUCUUGCCGUGCUUUUUCUUUAUCCCAUUACCGCAAAGUCUGAAGAAGAAAGGCUGCAACAGGAAAAUGAAAAAAAGGAUUAUAGCAGUAAAGUGUACUUUAUGAAGCAAACCGUGGGUAAUGCUUGUGGUUUGAUAGGUCUGCUUCAUGCACUUGGGAACAUAACUUCCGAAGUCAAGCUUGUUGAAGGGUCAUUUUUUGACGAGUUCUUUAAAUCUACUGCCAGCAUGGAUCCAUUGCAGCGGGCUGCCUUUCUGGUGAACGACAGGGACAUGGAAGUUGCUCAUUCAGUAGCAGCCACUGAUGGCGAUACAGUGGCAUCAGAUAAUGAGGACCCUCAUUUCAUCUGCUUUGCCUGUGUGGAAGGUCAACUGUAUGAGCUUGAUGGAAGAAAGUCAGGACCAAUAUCUCAUGGUGUAUCAUCACCAAGUACUUUAUUGAGGGAUGUAGCUAAAGUGAUCCAGAGCAUGAUCCAGAAAAAUCCAGAUUCCCUCAAUUUCAAUGUCAUUGCAAUAUCAAAGAAAUCCGGAGAUGGACAUUAAGGUAGUUAAUUUGGGUGAAGCAGCUUUUGAUGUCAUCUGCUUUAUAAUCUUCAGUCAUCUGCAGUUUUAUUCACUUUAACUUUAUUUACGUUUUUUUAUUUUCAUUUGGAGGCCUAUCAAGUUGAGCAUCUUUCGUUUCAAAUAGAUGAUGCAGUGCUAGUAAAUUUGAUCUUAAACAAACUUUGACCUUG